GCCGUUGGGGCCCAGUCCCUGUUCGCCAUGCCUCGGCGGCCCGGCUAUGGCACCAUGGGCAAGCCCAUCAAACUGCUGGCCAACUGCUUCCAGGUGGAGAUCCCCAAGAUGGACGUCUACCUCUACGAGGUGGACAUCAAGCCUGACAAGUGCCCGCGCCGAGUCAACAGGGAGGUGGUGGACUCAAUGGUGCAACACUUCAAGGUGACCAUCUUCGGGGAUCGCAGGCCGGUCUACGAUGGCAAGAGGAGUCUGUACACAGCCAACCCGCUGCCUGUGGCACCCGCAGGGGUGGACCUUGAUGUCACUCUGCCUGGCGAGGGGGGCAAAGAUCGUCCCUUCAAGGUGACCAUCAAGUUUGUGUCUCUGGUGAGCUGGCACAUGCUGCACGAGGUCCUGACAGGCCGGAGCAUGCCCGAUCCGCUGGAGCUGGACAAGCCCAUCAGUACCAACCCCGUGCAUGCCGUGGAUGUGGUGCUGAGACACCUGCCGUCCAUGAAGUACACGCCGGUGGGCCGCUCCUUCUUUUCGUCUCCCGAGGGCUACGAUCACCCCUUGGGCGGAGGCCGGGAGGUAUGGUUCGGCUUCCACCAGUCUGUACGUCCCGCCAUGUGGAAGAUGAUGCUCAACAUUGAUGUGUCGGCCACCGCCUUCUACAAAGCCCAGCCGGUCAUCCAGUUCAUGUGCGAAGUACUGGACAUCCACAACAUCGAUGAGCAGCCCCGCCCCCUAACCGACUCGCACCGGGUCAAAUUCACCAAAGAAAUCAAAGGUUUGAAAGUGGAAGUGACGCACUGCGGAACCAUGCGGAGGAAGUACCGCGUCUGCAACGUGACCCGCCGGCCGGCCAGCCAUCAAACGUUCCCUCUCCAACUGGAGAACGGCCAGACCGUAGAGCGUACCGUAGCCCUAUACUUCAGAGAGAAGUACAGCCUGCAGCUCAAGUAUCCGCACCUUCCCUGUCUGCAAGUGGGCCAGGAGCAAAAGCAUACCUAUCUGCCGCUGGAGGUUUGUAACAUUGUAGCUGGUCAGCGUUGUAUCAAGAAGCUGACAGAUAAUCAGACGUCCACCAUGAUCAAGGCCACUGCUCGCUCUGCGCCUGACAGACAGGAAGAAAUCAGCCGGCUGGUACGCAGCGCCAACUACGACGCCGACCCCUUCGUUCAGGAGUUCCAGUUCAAAGUGCGCGACGAGAUGGCCCACGUGACGGGGCGAGUGCUACCCGCCCCCAUGCUGCAGUACGGCGGCAGGGUGAGCACAGAGCACUUUAUGAACCGUACGGUGGCCACGCCCAGUCACGGUGUGUGGGACAUGAGAGGCAAGCAAUUCCACACCGGCGUUGAGAUCAAGAUGUGGGCCAUCGCUUGCUUCGCCACGCAGCGCCAGUGUCGGGAGGACAUUCUCAAAGCGUUCACAGACCAGCUACGUAAGAUCUCGAAGGACGCCGGAAUGCCCAUACAGGGUCAACCGUGCUUUUGCAAGUACGCCCAGGGCGCGGACAGUGUGGAGCCCAUGUUCAGACAUCUGAAGAACACCUACGCCGGACUGCAGCUCAUCAUCGUUAUCCUUCCCGGCAAAACUCCUGUUUAUGCCGAAGUGAAGCGUGUAGGAGACACUCUGCUGGGCAUGGCCACCCAGUGCGUCCAGGUAAAGAACGUGGUGAAAACAUCCCCUCAAACCCUCUCCAACCUCUGCCUCAAGAUCAAUGUCAAACUCGGGGGUAUCAACAACAUCCUUGUGCCACACCAACGGCCGUCAGUGUUUCAACAGCCAGUGAUUUUCUUGGGAGCGGAUGUUACUCAUCCACCCGCAGGAGAUGGCAAAAAGCCUUCGAUUGCAGCAGUGGUGGGCAGCAUGGACGCCCACCCCAGCCGCUAUUGUGCCACGGUGCGGGUGCAGAGGCCGAGGCAGGAAGUGAUCCAGGACCUGGCCUCAAUGGUGCGUGAGCUGCUCAUACAGUUCUACAAGUCGACUCGUUACAAGCCCACCCGCAUCAUCUUCUACAGGGACGGGGUGUCUGAAGGCCAAUUCAGACAGGUGCUGUAUUAUGAGCUGCUGGCAAUUCGCGAGGCCUGCAUUAGCCUGGAAAAGGAGUACCAGCCAGGCAUCACUUACAUCGUGGUGCAAAAACGCCACCACACACGCCUCUUCUGCGCCGACCGCAAUGAGCGAGUUGGGCGCAGCGGAAACAUUCCUGCUGGUACGACCGUGGAUACGGACAUUACCCAUCCUUACGAGUUUGACUUUUACCUCUGCAGUCACGCUGGAAUACAGGGCACUAGCCGACCCUCCCACUACCACGUGCUGUGGGAUGACAACUGUUUUACCGCCGAUGAGUUCCAGCUGCUCACCUACCAGUUGUGCCACACCUACGUGCGCUGUACCCGCUCGGUGUCGAUCCCCGCGCCUGCCUACUACGCCCAUUUGGUUGCCUUCCGCGCUCGCUACCAUUUGGUAGACAAAGAACAUGACAGCGCCGAGGGCAGCCAUGUGUCAGGUCAGAGUAACGGUCGAGACCCACAGGCCCUGGCCAAAGCUGUCCAGAUACACCACGACACCCUGAGGACCAUGUACUUCGCCUGA